ACACUGAAAUCGAGUUCGAGAUGUUGUUGAUUGAGCUUGUGAUUUUUGGAGACAAUGAGAGCACAGGCAGAUCUAGCAUUUGCAUUCAGUCAGGAGGACAAUAUCAUACGAGAGAACCACUAAACGCAACGCUCUUCUCCAUUUUUCAUACGACAACCGCCGAACAACUCUCUUCUCCAUCUUCAAAAUCAGGUUUUAUGGCUCGAUUGUUAGUUCAAAAAGAAGAUGCACUUGGCCGCUGUUUUAACUUUGCAAAUGAUGAAAAUGGAAAAUAUGCUUCUCAUGAUGAUUUUCAUUUCAAUUUAUUUACUUGUUAAGAGAAAUAACAACAUGAUCUUAUUGAGGCUGAGGUUGAGCUAAAGCGAUAAUGACGAUGAUUCCAGUGAUGAUGAGGAGUUGAUAAGACAUUGUGAGCCUAGUGUUGCAUGGACUGAAUGGAGAGACAAGUUAGUCGAUGAAAUGUUCACUUCUUGGACACAUAAUUAUUAGUGAUCUUUUAUUAAUGUCAUUUUCUGUUUCAGCUUUAUUUGCACAAAAAACUGCUAAUAUGCUUAAUAUAUUUGUUUCAUAUUUGUAAUUUGUUCUGCUUAAUUUCAAUACCUCUUUGUUAAU